CAUUUUCAGUACGCCAUGUUUUGCUUGCUGGUUUUGAUGUGCUUUGGGGACAAGUUGAAGGAAGAGCAGAUUAAAGAAAUCGAGGGCGUUCAGCGCCGCUUGCAAUUGAACUUUAGGCGAUUCAACUUCCUCAACUUUUGGCCCAAAUUGACAAAAAUUUUGUUGAAAAAUCGUUGGAACGCGCUAUUUCAGCUCCGUAAGGAACUAGAAGAAGUGUUCAUUCCUAUGAUUCGAGGACGACAGAAAACGAAGAAUGAAAGGCUGAGUAGGAAGGACGACGACAAAGAUGAUGACUUUGUGUUGGCGUACGUUGAUACCUUGUGGGAUCUCCAGAUUUCUGAUGAGAAGGAAAAGAGGAAGCUCUCUGAAGUUGAAAUAGUGAGUCUCUGUUUGGAGUUUCUCGGUGCGGGUACUGAUACUACUUCGACUGCGUUGGAGUGGAUCAUGGCCAACAUAGUCAAGUGCCCACAAGUCCAAGACAAGCUCUUUGCAGAGAUUAAAGGGGUGGUGGCGGAAACAGAGGAAGAGGUGAAAGAGGAGGUCUUGCAGAAGUUGCCGUAUCUGAAAGCUGUAAUAUUGGAGGGUUUGAGGCGUCACCCGCCGGGGCACUUUGUGCUGACACACGCCGUCACCCAGGAUGUGGUUUUGGAUGGUCAUGUGGUGCCCAAGAACGGUAGUGUCAAUUUCAUGGUGGCUGAUAUGGGGUUGGACCCAGAGGUGUGGGAGGACCCCAUGGCAUUCAAGCCUGAGAGGUUCUUGAGUGGUGGUGAAUGUGGAGGAGCGGAAGGGUUCGAUUUAACAGGGAGCAGAGAGAUUAAGAUGAUGCCGUUUGGGGUGGGGAGGAGAAUUUGUCCCGGCUCUGGUUUGGCAGUGCUUCAUCUGGAGUAUUUCGUGGCCAAUUUGGUCUGGAAAUUUGAGUGGAGAGCUGUGGAGGGAGAUGAUGUUGACCUGUCGGAGAAGCAAGAGUUCACUGUGGUCAUGAAGAAUCCAUUGCAGGUCCAUUUAUCCCCAAGAGUGAAAUAAGAGCACCUCCACCUCAAAAGGCAGGGUAAGGCAAAGGCAAGGCAAUUGUGGCAGCUUGCCUUUU